AUGCCUCUACACCUCCUGGGAAAGAAAUCAUGGAACGUCUACAACCCGGAGAACGUCGCCCGCGUCCGGCGCGACGAAGCGCAAGCCAAAGCACGAGAAGAGGAGGAAGAGCGCCGCAUGCAAGAAGUAGAUGCUGAGCAUCGAAUCCAAAUUCUACGAGGAGAGCGCCCAUCUACUCCUCCCCUACCACCAGCCUCACCGCCGUCAGCUGCGCAACAUGAGAAGAGAAGCCGCAGGGACGGAGAAACAGGGCGAUACAAUAAAAAACGGAGACGCCUGGCUGGCGAAGAUGAUACGGAUCGCGAGAUCAGAUUGGCAAGGGAAGAUGCGCAACUCGCGGACGGUAAAAGGGCGGAGCUGACUCGCUCGGAAACGAGUGACGCACCGCUUGAAGAUGGUGCUGGCCAUAUCAACCUCUUCCCCUCUGAGACAGCGCGCGCGCCUGUAGAGAAAAAUGCCGAGGCGGAAGCGGAGGCAACUGAGAAGAAGCGCAGGUAUGAAGAUCAGUACACGAUGCGUUUCUCCAAUGCUGCUGGAUUCAGUCAGUCUGUUGGCAGGACACCAUGGUAUUCGGUUUCAGGAAGAGAAGCUGCUGCGCCAGAAUUUAUGUCUGGAAAAGACGUUUGGGGAAAUGAAGAUCCUAUGCGGAAGCAAAGAGACAUGGUUCGGAUGGAUGCAAAUGAUCCUCUAGUGGCGAUGAGGAAGGGUGUCAAACAGUUAAAAACGGUAGAGCAAGAACGCAAGAGAUGGAACGAUGAAAGAAGUCGAGAACUGGAAGCUUUGAAAGCGGAAGACAGAGAAGGGUCAUGCCGCCACAGACGGGGACAAUCACCAUCCAGAGGAUCUAUUUCAGAGAAUAGUUUGGAGGGGUUCAAACUCGACGCAUCUUCAGACAGACAGCGGGAUGACAAAGGUCGGGAAAGGAAUUCGCAUAGGCAUCAUCACCGGAAUCGGCAUCAGCGUAAUAGGAGUCGUGAUCGCUCACGGAGGCAUCAUUCGCAUUCGCAUUCUCGUUCUCGUUCACAUCGUCAUCACCGCGAUCACCAUGAGAGCAGGCAUGAUAAUCGCAGGUCGUCUCGCAGACCAUAG